CUUCCGCGAAAAUACCUACGCCGUGGCUGUAGCACUGCACUUCCGCCAUGCACCACUCAAUCGCCAUUGCCAAGCUCGCCUUGCUCCUCGCCACUGCAGCCGUGUCCUGCGGCUUCUUCGUCGUCGCACAUGCACAUGCGCAGAAGAGCUGCUGGCCACGCGAGAGGGACGCGUUGCUGGCCUUGAAGCAGGGCAUCAACGACACCGAUGGCGUCCUCGCCUCGUGGCAAAAACUGCGCCAUGACUGCUGCCGCUGGACGGGCGUCGCCUGCAGCAACGAAACCGGCCAUGUCACCGAGCUUGACAUCGGUCUCAGCUGGUUGUUCGGCCAGAUAAGUCCUUCCUUGCUUUCUCUCCAGCAUCUCGAGUACCUGGAUCUCAGCACCACCUCCCUACUUGGACCAAACGGCAGCAGUGUAUUCCCAGAUUUCUUGUCUUCUUUGCACAACUUGAGACAUCUCGAUCUCGCCGGCACGCCAUACUCUGGUAGAGUUCCUGCUCGGCUUUCCAACCUUUCAAAUUUGGAGUAUCUCGAUCUCAGUUCGACAUCCCUGCAUGGUCGUGCUCAGUUCCUGUUUUCUUACAAAAACUUGAUACGUCUCGAUCUCUCCAACACGCUCUUUUCCGGUACACUGCCGCCUCAGCUAGGCAAACUUUCAAAGUUGGAGUAUCUCGAUCUCACCAACACGCUCUUUUCCGGUACACUGCCGCCUCAGCUAGGCAAUCUUUCAAACUUGCGACACCUUGACCUCAGUUAUAUGCAAAAUAUACACACAGCAGAUGUCUCAUGGUUAACUCAUCUGCAUUCCCUGGAAUAUCUUGACAUGAGUGACAUAAAUCUCAGCACCGCCGACGUGUUCCCUGUGGCCAACACAAUCCCAACUCUCAAGGACCUCAUUCUUAGUAACUGCUCGCUUCCAAAUGCAAACCAGUCGCUAAAACACCUAAACCUCACAAGCCUUGAGCGGCUUGAUCUCAACAGAAACGAUCUGGGCCAUCGAAUUGAUACGAGUUGGUUUUGGAACAUAACAGGCAUCACACAUUUAGACCUUGAUGAAACCUAUCUCUAUGGUCCAUUCCCUGACGCCCUAGGAGGUAUGACAUCCCUCCAAUUCCUAUCCUUUGCCAAUAACGGCAAUUCAGCCACAAUGAUGGUGGACUUGAAAAAUCUCUGUGAUUUAGAGCUCCUGCGGCUUGAUGGAAGUCUCGCGUUUGGGAACAUAACAGAGUUUUUAAGGAAACUGCCACAAUGCUCGUCCAACAAAUUCCUCUCCGUGUAUUCGAACCACAACAAUAUGACAGGAAUGCUGCCAGAUAUGGUUGGGCACUUGACCAGCUUAGAUGAACUUUCCCUUUCUAACAACAGCAUUACUGGAGCUAUACCAUCGGGGUUAAGGAAUCUUACUAGUUUGUAUGGCCUCGAUCUCACUUUGAACCAGCUAACUGGCCAGAUACCAAUGUUACCGAGAAGCCUCACUCGAUUGGCCAUCUCCAUGAACUCCUUGUCAGGACCUUUGCCGUUAGAUUUCGGAGCUCCAGAUCUUACAGACCUAAGUCUCUUCUCCAAUUGCCUUACUGGUCAUGUUCCUAGGGCUAUUUGUGAAUUGAAAAACCUUAGUUUGUUGGAUCUAUCCAAUAAUUUCUUUGAGGGAGAAUUUCCAUGGUGUUCUGCGAUGCCAAGCAUGGAAUUUCUGAUCUUAAGUAACAAUAACUUGUCUGGAAAUUUUCCAUCUUGGAUUCAGAACAGCUCACAAUUAGUUUUCCUUGAUCUUGCGGUGAACAAGUUCUAUGGAACGUUACCCAUGUGGAUUGGAGAAUUGGUGAACUUGAAAUUUUUGCUGCUAAACCAUAACAUGUUUUAUGGGGAUAUUCCAGCCAACAUCACAAAUCUUAUACUACUUCAGUACUUCAGUUUAGCAAGCAACAAUAUCUCAGGAUCAAUUCCAUCGUCCUUGUCAAAAUUAAUAGCAAUGACACUAGAACAUCCACAGCGUUGGACUCGCUGGUAUGUUCAAGAGGUCAUAAACAAGGACAUUUUGUCUGUGGUGAUGAAGCGGCAAAAUAUGAAGUAUGACAUACAUAGAGUUAACGAGAUGUACGGCAUUGACAUUUCACUCAACCACUUAACAGGUGGAAUUCCAGAUGAGAUAACUUCUCUUAAUGGAUUGUUUACUUUGAAUUUAUCAUGGAAUCACCUGAGUGGAAAAAUUCCUAGGAACAUUGGGGAUAUGAAAUCACUAGAAUCACUCGACUUAUCAAGGAACAACCUUUCCGGUGAAAUCCCAACAAGCUUGUCAGAUUUGACGUAUCUAAGCUCCUUGGACUUGUCAUACAACAAUCUUGUAGGAAGAAUUCCGACAGGACGUCAACUUGAUACCCUCUACGCCGAGAACCCAUCCAUGUACAGCGGCAAUAAUGGUCUUUGUGGGCCUCCUCUUAAAGAGAAUUGCCCAGGCAACAAUGCUCUAGAGCAUGGUAAUCAGCAGAGAAGAGAAAAUGGUUAUGAUCCAGUGGCGUUCUUCUACUUUGGGCUGACGGCUGGCUUUGUGGUGGGACUCUGGGUUGUCUUUUGUGCUCUUCUGUUCAAAAGAGCAUGGAGGAAUGCUUAUUUCCGCCUCUUUGACAAGCUACAUGACAAUGCGUACGUGUUUGUUGUUGUUACUUGGGGCAUGAUAACCAGUAAGACAACUACAAGUUAAGAACUGGCGUGCUAAAGAAAAUUAGCCCGAUCCGAUGCUGGUGUCAUUGUAGUGUUGAAGUGUAUGAAUAAAUAAGAGUGAGGAAGUAUUUAGUAGCUUGUACAAGAAUGUGUUUUGUUGAAGAUUAUAAGCUUGUAAUAUGUCUUAGAAGUAGCGAAUAUUUUGUUAGGAUCAUGUACACCGAUCUGAUUGAUAAAGAUUCGGUUAGAUCUCUCUCUUUCUUGAUCCUCAAAUAUGUAAUCCUACCAAUCUUGUAUUCUUGGCCUACAUGGCUUUGCCAACAUUUUUGUACGUGUUUGUAGUU